AUGGGAACACAAACCCAGCACAAGUCUUCGGCAACCUGUCCGACCGUCCUAGGCAAGGCAUCAGUCCAUCUCGACUACCUCGCCGAGGGUGCUGCCAACGUCAUCUACAGCGUUUCCGUACUGCGUCCAGCAGAAUUGGCCGAACACUCGCACUGCUGUGUCAUGCGGAUGCGCAAAGACCUGUCCUUCACCAAGCCAUGCAAGGAGGUGAUUGCGGACUUUGAGAACUCGAUCGUCCCGCUGUUCAGCCACGACCCGAGCUUACUACUAGUCCACGCGCUGUACAAUUUGACUCCAGAGCUCGUCGAGAAGUUGAACGGGGACCUGCACGAGAUGGACGGUGUGCAGCUCUCGGCCCUCGGCACCAACGUGGUCCGCUCCCGCGGCAAGGCGGUCCGCGAUCUCCAUCGCCGCCACGUCUAUCUGCCCUCCUUUAGAGACGAACAACACGGCGUCCUGAUGCAAAACCUGCAAGGGCCCGGCAUCGACUGGCUGGUCGAGUUCAAGCCGAAAUGGCUUCUCCAGAGCCCCAGCGCACCGGCCGACGCGCGCAACUGCCGCACUUGUGCGCUGAACGCGAUGCGACGCGAGGCGGGCAAAGCCCAGGGCCGUGGCGACUCCGGGUUCUGCCCCAUCGAUCUCCUCUCUGACGACGGCGCGGUCCUCGAAAGCGCACUGGCGCGCAUCUGGCCGCCCGAAGCGGGCAUCGAGGUGACCGCGUUCCGCGAGCAAGUCCAACCGGCACUCCAGCACCUGCGCUCGCUGCAGCGGAAAUUCAACGGCGUCGGCGUCGAGGACUUCCAACAUCCAGACGCAAACCAAUUCGGCGUCGCCAUGGCGCUGCGAGAUUGUAGUGUAUUCAUGGCGCUGAAGCGAUCGAUGCCUUCUUCCCCGUCGGUGGUGGAGAUCAGCGAUGUGAAGUUCGCUGAUCUCGAUCUCAAGUCGACGGAAGGUGGCAAGGUGCAGAAGUGGGCGGUCAUGGAGCAGCAGCUGCUUGACGGUGGUUGGUAUCACCACACCGUCGAGGGCUCCGAGUGUGCCCUUGGUCGCGGUCGAGCGAGUUGA